GCGGUCUUACGGUCAAAACGGAGAACUUGAAUGCUGUGUACCUACACGCCAGAACCACCGAGCGCAACUCUUCACUCACGACUGUACCGCGAACGCGAGAACACCACACAAAUAUUGUCAGUGUUAGUCUGAUACUCGAACGAACGAAACGAACUUGUUAAUUUUAGUGUUGUAUUUAUUUUCUUUGAAGUUUAAACCAAGUGCCUUAAAAUGACUGUAAACAAGACUGGACAAUCGUCGAAAAGCAAGAAAAAGUCCGAGAAGACCUCAAAUGCUGCAAGCACUUCUACCACUGUAGCCUCCAGCACGUCAAAAUCCACGAAAACCUCAAAAGUAGUCGGUUCUUCAAGCACGGUGGUGCAAAACACAGGCUGCGUAUCAAAGUCUUCCUCCGCAUCCAGUUUGCAAAUCGCAGAUGUGUCCCAUUUGCCCAUAAACGCGAACGUUGUUACUUACACUGUAACGGAGUCGUUACCGACAGGCGGUGGCGAAAAAAUCACAACAUACCAAGAGGGCGGGCCCACCUCCACAGAGUACAGGCAUUUUGUAGCUCAAGAUUCGUCUUCAAGUCACGCGACAAACAUCCAACAAAUUAGUUCGACCCUAAACGAAUCCACAUCGAAUUUAUCGCAAGGCUCAGGGUCCACCUACACAGUGACAGAACCAAGGGAAGAGUUGAAGUUGACGUACAACAAGAAUGACUCUGGGUGGAACGGAAAAUUUACACAAGAACAACCAACGAGAAAAAAAUCAAAGAACCAGUUGGUUACCACGGAUGGAGGUACGAUUGUGGAGGAAUCCUCGACAAGUACGUCCCAUCAAAGUAGCUCGUCGGUCGCCAAAAGUUCCUCCAGCAGCUACAUCAUAGAAAUCGUGGACGGAAAGGAGAGAAUUGUGGACAAAAAACACCGCGAGUCGGCUCACGCCACAGCGAGCAGCAAUGACGAGCACCUAUCGACGAAAUCGGGAACAAACGUUACUCCUGAAGUGCACUACAAACAGAAAGCUACGGAUAGCUCUACGCACUUUGACACAGCGGUGCCGGAGUUACAGCAACCGAAAUCGAAGAGUUCAGAGGCAGUCCGCGAGAUUCACCAGGUAGGCGAUGCACAUUCCUCCACAGCCUAUGUAACCCAUGACAAUAAAGACACAAAAUCCAUAUCCGACAAAAAUACCACGCAAAGCUUCUUGGAUCUCGAAAAAACAGAUACCGACAUCAGGAACAUAAACAAAUCGAAACAAACGACCACAGACUCGAGUAAAUUUUUCGGCGAAGACACCAAAACAUCGAAGUCAAAAAGUGGUAAGUCGAAAACAUCGAAGGAUUUGGGCAGCACCAGUACAGUCACCACAACAACAACGUAUUACGAUUCCAAAGGCAACGUUAUCAAGACCUUGACCGACGUUGAUAAACAAGACAUUCCCGGCGGCGAAAAAACAGUCACUUACGUGGAUUCUAGUGACAUUACUGAUAAACGAAAAACUAAUUUGCUGUCCGACACGAGGGAUUUUGCUGGGUCAUCGGAAACCGUAAUUUUGGAAAGCAGCAAAUUUUUCCACGACAAAAACGUAAGUGAUUUUUCCAAAUCUGACCUAAAUAUUGAUACGUGCACAACAAAGACAACCUACGAUGACAAUCAUGUUGAUACCGCAAAAAUACGAAAUUCGCAGACUAGUACUGACACGAAAAACUUUUAUGGACACGGUAUGGAUUCGAAAAACACAUUGGUCACAAAUGUGUAUGACAGCAAGGCCGUGCAAAACACCAUUGGAUCCACAAGCACAGUUAUUAUGGAUGACACCAUCGACACGACAAAUCUUGUUUAUUCGAACGACCGCAACUAUGGAAAAACCGGAUGGAAUGGUCAAUUCAACCAAGAAACUACACCUACCACAGGAAAACCUGGAAGAUCACCCUCCCCAUCCAAAAAACGUCCAGAGUCUCCUUCAAGAAGUACCACCACCAGAUACGUUGAUGAAAACUCAAAAAUCCGAAGUACAAACACUACAACCGAUAGCAAAAGCUUUUACGGACAUUCUACCGAUUCUAAAAACACCUUGGUGACAAACGUCUAUGACACCAAAGCGGUACAAAACACCAUCGGAUCAGGAACAUUGAUUAAAGAUGACUUAAUUGAAUCCAAGGAUGUUAUAUAUUCCCACGAUAGAAACUAUGGGAAGACUGGUUGGAAUGGAGCUUUCACCUACGAACAACCAAGCCAACCUAAAAAGGAUGGACCGGGAACCUCACAACAACCACAAAGAGAAGUGUCACCGUCUAGAAAGCCAGGUAGAAAGGAUUCGUCCCCAAAAUACGACCACCCUGCUGGAAAACCCUCAGGAGGACGUGAUCCAGUUCCAAAGUACGAUCAACCGGCCGGCAAACCGUCCAGACCCGAAUCAUCGCCAAAACAAAACCGACCUGCAGCUGGUAUGCCUUCUGGGGGACGUGAUCCCUCACCAGCUGCACCAUCAACACGUGACUCAAAAUCACCAACCCGUAGACAAGAAUCUCCAUCUAGAAGACCAAGUUCCCCAUCCAAAAGGACCACAUAUUAUGUGGACGACAAUUUCGUGGAUACUUCCAAAAUUCGCAGCUCGCAGACAACAACCGAUAGCAAAAGCUUCUACGGACAUUCUACUGAUUCUAAAAACACCUUGGUGACAAACGUCUAUGACACCAAAGCGGUACAAAACACUAUCGGAUCAGGAACACUGAUUAAAGAUGACCUAAUUGAAUCCAAGGAUGUUAUAUAUUCCCACGAUAGAAACUAUGGUAAGACUGGUUGGAAUGGAGGUUUCACCUACGAACAACCAAGCCAACCUAAAAAGGAUGGGCCUGGAACACCACAACAACCACAAAGAGAAAUGUCGCCGUCUAGGAAGCCAAAAUACGACCAUCCUGCUGGAAAACCCUCAGGAGGGCGUGAUCCAGUUCCAAAGUACGAUCAACCGGCCGGCAAACCGUCCAGACCCGAAUCAUCGCCAAAACAAAACCGACCUGCAGCUGGUAUGCCUUCUGGGGGACGUGAUCCCAUACCAUCUGCACAAUCAACACGUGACUCCAAAUCACCAACCCGCAGACCAGAAUCUCCAUCCAGAAGACCAAGUUCCCCAUCCAAAAGGACGACAUAUUAUGUAGACGACAAUUUCGUGGAUACUUCCAAAAUUCGCAGCUCGCAGACAACAACCGAUAGCAAAAGCUUCUACGGACACUCUACCGAUUCUAAAAACACCAUGGUGACAAACGUUUACGACACCAAAGCUGUCCAAAACACAAUCGGUUCGGGAACUUUAAUCAAAGACGACAUCAUCGAAUCCAAAGAUGUUAUCUAUUCGUACGACAGAAAUUAUGGCAAAACCGGAUGGAAUGGUGGCUUCACCUACGAACAACCAUCGCAACCCAAAAAAGACGAACCUGAAACUCCAAAGACUCCAAAACGAGGCGAAUCUCCUUCGAGGAAGCCAGGCAAAAAAGAUACCACUCCGAAAUAUGACCAUCCCGCUGGAAAGCCUUCUGGCGGUCGUGAUCCUGUACCAAAACAUGAUCAACCAGCUGGCAAGCCAUCCAGACCUGAGUCAUCGUCACCAAAACACGAUCAUCCUGCUGGAAAACCUUCUGGCGGUCGUGAUCCUGUGCCAAAACAUGAUCAACCAGCUGGCAAGCCAUCCAGACCUGAGUCAUCUCCAAAAAAAGUAUAUGACCAUCCAGCUGGAAAACCUUCUGGAGGGCGUGAUCCUGUACCAAAACAAGACCAACCUGCCGGUAAACCAACCAGAAAAUCUCCUACUAAAGAUGAUAACAAACCAACUCAAAAAGUUCAGGAAUUCUUGCUUACUGAAAUCAGCGAGAAUAUUACUCAGGCUACAGACAAAUACCCAAAAUCUGGACCGUUGGAUAAAACUGGCCCUAUAGACAGCACAACAAGCAUAAACACUUUUGAAAGCACAUCGGUGAAUCAAUUUUCAGACACGAAAUCCCGAAUUUACAAGGAUUCACAAGUAUUUGUGGAUAACGUUGUAACGGAAACCUACACCAUCCUGGAUUCUUCCGGGAAACCGAUCAGAACUGAAACCAAAACAUUUAAACAACCAGGUCAACCUACAGAUGUAAGAACAACUGACGUCUUUGAAUCCAUUACCGACAUCAAAGACUCAAAAACCAACAUCAAAGACUCGAAGACAUUAAUCGAUAGCACCACCAUGAGUCCGUUUGAUAGGAGACCAAAAAUACCUACGGAUUCUCACACGACCAUGGAAAGUUUUGAGUCGGUCACCAACGUUUCCGACUCGAAAACCACGGUCGUAAAGGAUUCUCAGACGUUUGUCGACAACAAAAGUUCAGUGGAGCAUUACACCACCACUGAAAGCUAUGACAGUUCCAAACCAAAAGGGCCAAAACCUGUUGAAGAGAAACCUGGGAAAAAAGGGCCAAAAAAGCCUACAGAUAAGAAAGGGCCAAAAGAACCAAAGGAUGUAACUACAGUUGAUAAGUUUGAUAUCACUGAUGUGAAAACCAGUGUUACUGAUGUAACAAACACCUUUGUGGAUAAAAAGGUUAUUUCGACAACUGAUAUCACAGAUGUAAAGGAUACAGUGAUAAACAAAUUCACUGACAUUAAAAACGUGGACGUUGUGGAUAAAUACAGCAAAACCGUUAUAAACGAGAACAUCGUCGACAUCAAGGAAAUUAACGAAGUCGAAGAUAUUACCAACAUCACCAAACAUACCGACAAUAAGGUGAUUAAUAUUGUGAAAACCAUUAAAGAGCCCGCCCCUACACCCCAUUAUAAGCCACCGAAAAAAGAACAAUGCAUCUGUGAACUUUGCACCUGUGGCCGUCAUAGCUGCCCCCACAACCCGGACGACUACAACGACCAUCUGCACCCGGAAGGCCCUUGGACAGGAAAACCGAAAGACGAGUACAAUGCUACGCGUGGAGAACGGGCCCCCAUCAAAAUACCCCAAGACAACCUGCGUCCGGAGGGCGAGUUCGAGAGACGCAAGCCGGAACCGUGGCAACCGGGCGAGAGGGCUCCCAUCAAAAAGCCCCAAGACAACCUCAGGCCAGAGGGGGACUUCGAGAGGAGGACUCCCGAAAAGUGGCAACCAGGUGACAGACCGUCUCCCAAAAAGCCUCAGGAUAACUUGCAUCCAGAGGGCGAGUUCGAGCGCUUCAAGCCGGAAGAGUGGAAACCGGGCGACAGAGCGCCGGUAAAAAAACCCAAAGACAACCUACACCCGGAAGGUGACUUUGAAAGGCCAGAGAAAACCAAGUUUCGCCCAGCAGAACGCCCACAACAAAAGAGACCAGAAGAUAAUCUGCGUCCUGAAGGAGAUUUUGAAAAACGCACUCCUGAGAAGUGGUCGCCAGCUGAACGCCCAAAACAAAUUCGACCAGAAGAUAAUUUACGACCUGAGGGCGAUUUUGAGAGACCAACUCCAACUAAAGUUGGACCUGGAGAAAGGAGAACCCCCAUUAAACCUGGAGACAACUUGCGCCCAGAAGGCGACUUUGAAAGGCCAGAGAAAACCAAGUUUAGUCCAGCGGAACGUCCUCAACAAAAGCGCCCAGAGGACAACCUCAAACCUGAAGGCGACUUUGAGAGGUUCAAGCCUGACGAGUGGAGGCCUGCGGAAAGGCCGAAGCAGAAGAAGCCUGAGGAUAACCUGAGACCCGAGGGCAGUUUCGAGAUACCAGAGCCCGAGAAGUGGGAACCUGCUGAGAGACCGGUGCAGAAACGUCCGCAGGAUAAUAUUACGAUAACCGGCGAAUUCAUCGAUGAAACCACCAGUAAACAAGCUUUCGACUACACUACGAUUGUGGAACGCACCAAAGUCACAAAACGUGAAGAUAAUCUAACUGUGGAAGGCGAUAUGACUUUCGAUACCUCAACGACCAUCGAAUAUACCGAAAAAACACCUGAGGUUGAUCGUAGGAGAAGAACUUGGACGAAGGAUGACGUGGAAAAGUUCUAUUCCACUCAAAAUACCGAUACGUACACGACAUCUCAGGACGUUUACAAGAACUUUGAUACCACUGACUUCCGUCAAACUGUCGUCAUUCAUAGAGAUAAUCUGCGCCCCGAGGGUGAAUUUGAAAGGCCGGAGAAACCUAAAUACAGACCGGCAGAAAGACCGCAGCAAAAACGACCAGAAGAUAAUUUACGACCUGAGGGCGAUUUUGAGAGGCCAACACCGACCAAAGUUGGACCAGGGGAAAGGAGAACUCCCAUUAAACCUGGGGACAACUUGCGCCCAGAAGGCGACUUUGAAAGGCCAGAAAAAACUAAAUAUCGUCCAGCGGAACGUCCAGAACAAAUUCGACCAGAAGAUAAUCUUCGACCAGAAGGCGAUUUUGAAAAACGCACUCCUGAAAAAUGGUCGCCGGCUGAACGCCCAAAACAAAUUCGACCAGAAGAUAAUUUACGACCUGAGGGCGAUUUUGAAAGGCCUACUCCAACUAAAGUUGGACCUGGAGAAAGGAGAACUCCCAUUAAACCUGGAGACAACUUGCGACCAGAAGGCGACUUUGAAAGGCCAGAGAAAACCAAGUUUCGUCCAGCAGAACGCCCACAACAAAAGAGACCAGAGGAUAAUCUGCGUCCUGAAGGAGAUUUUGAAAAACGCACUCCUGAAAAGUGGUCGCCAGCUGAACGUCCAAAACAGAUUCGACCAGAAGAUAAUCUAAGACCUGAAGGCGAUUUUGAGAGGCCAACUCCAACUAAAGUUGGACCUGGAGAAAGGAGAACUCCCAUUAAACCUGGUGACAACUUGCGGCCAGAAGGCGAUUUUGAAAGGCCAGAGAAAACCAAGUUUCGCCCAGCGGAACGCCCACAACAAAAGAGACCAGAAGAUAAUCUUCGACCUGAGGGCGAUUUUGAAAAACGCACUCCUGAAAAGUGGUCGCCAGCUGAACGCCCAAAACAAAUUCGACCAGAAGAUAAUCUAAGACCUGAGGGCGAUUUCGAGAGGCCUACUCCAACUAAAGUUGGACCUGGAGAAAGGAGAACUCCCAUUAAACCUGGAGACAACUUGCGCCCAGAAGGCGACUUUGAAAGGCCAGAAAAAACUAAGUUUCGCCCAGCGGAACGUCCAGAACAAAUUCGACCAGAAGAUAAUCUGCGUCCUGAAGGCGAUUUUGAAAGACCCACUCCAAGUAAAGUGGGUCCGGCGGAGAAACGCCAACCCAUCAAGCACGAUGAUAACCUUAGACCAGAAGGUGACUUCCAACGACCGGAGAAACCAAAAUGGGCGCCAGCUGAUAGACCUCAACAAAAACGCCCAGAGGACAAUCUCAGACCUGAAGGCGAAUUCGAAAGGCCAGAAAAACCAGGAUAUCAACCUGCUGAAAGACCCAAACAAAAGCGUCCAGAAGACAAUCUCCGUCCAGAGGGUGAAUUCGAACGGCCAACCCCAUCAAAAGUUGGUCCAGCCGAAAGGAGAACUCCCAUUAAACCUGGCGAUAAUCUCCGUCCCGAAGGCGAAUUCGACAGACCGGAAAAACCAGGCUUCCAACCUGCAGAAAGGCCUCAGCAAAAACGUCCAGAAGACAAUUUACGACCAGAGGGUGAAUUCGAAAGGCCCACUCCAUCGAAAGUUGGUCCUGCUGAGAGAAGAACCCCCAUCAAACAUGGCGAUAAUCUUCGCCCUGAAGGGGACUUCGAAAGACCACACAAACCAGGAUACCAACCUGCAGAAAGGCCUAAGCAAAAGAGACCCGAAGAUAACCUCAAGCCCGAGGGAGAAUUUGAACGUCCAGAGAUUAAAGAAGUUGGUCCGUGCGAACUUCGAAAGCCUAUCAGGCAUGAGGAUAAUUUGAAAUCUGAAGGAAGAAUGGACAUCACCAGAAGGGAUGACUAUAAAGUGGUGCGUGGUGAACACGUGGAGGUUAUCAGGAGAGAGGACAACCUCAAAAUGGAGGGCGAAUGGAACAUGCAAAGAAGAGACGACUACAAGAACGUCACCGUUGUUGACAGAGCUGAAGUUGUCAAGCACGAAGAUAACUUGCGAGUUGAAGGUGAGUUUACGGACACGCGCUCCAGAGAUGAUUACAACGUGGUGCGGGGCGAAAGGGCCGAAGUCAUCGUUAGACAGGAUAAUCUUAGGAUGGAAGGUGAAAUUAACGAGUACAGGAAGAGAGACGAUUUCGCCACCAGGACGGAAAGAACGGAGAUAAUCCGCCACGAAGACAACCUUAAACUUGAGGGCGACUUCGAAAGACCAACUCCCACUAAAGUUGGGCCGGGCGAAAGAAGAAGGCCCAUUAAGCAUGGCGAUAAUUUACACCCUGAAGGGGACUUCGAGAGACCUACACCAUCCAAGGUCGGUCCGGGUGAAAGGAGAACCCCGAUUCGUCACCCAGAUAACCUACAUCCUGAAGGAGAUUUUGAGAGACCUACGCCGUCCAAGGUUGGUCCUGGGGAGAGAAGAACACCCAUCCGCCACCCCGACAAUCUCCAUCCGGAAGGGGAAUUCCAAACACCAACAAAACCUAAGUACGGGCCGGGCGAAAGAGCGGAAAUCGUCAAGCCGCAAGAUAACCUCAAAAUUACCGGAGACUUCCAAGACACAACCAUGGCCAAGUCUCAGUACACUGUUGUCAGAGGGGAAAGGGCUGAAAUUAGGAAACACGAGGACCAACUCAAAGUGGGAUCUGGGAAAAUGGAAUGCGUCACCACCAGCAAAGAAACCUUCGAGAGGACACCCAAGAAGGAAUCACCUGUCGUUCCAGCCGGUGGUCGUACUGUGGUCAACAAACGUCGACACAUGGAAUCUCACUUUUCCCUCGGCGACGACACAACCAAAAUGCAAACGACCAAUCAAAGCAACUACAACACGUACACUCGUAAAGUGGACAAGAAAGAGGUGAUCAACAAAGAAGUGAUCAACAAGGAAGUCGUCAACAAAAACGUCGUCGAACAAAACAAGAAGACUAACGGCGCCAUCAGACAUACCGGCGACCAAUCGAGCAACGUCACCACCGAUACAAAAACGAUGCCCGAUGGUACUACCGUGGUGAUCACGAGAAAAGUUACAACAACCCGACGUGGAACCGAGCAAACCAAUGGCGACGUGAAAAACGUCGUGUCUGGUAGUCAACAAGUUCACAAGUCGUCUUCGCAAACCCACCUCCAUCAAUCCAACCAACACAUCGAGAACCGCAACACCAGCAAUCGCCAUAUCGAGCAGAGAAACGUUAAUAACGUGACGCACAACAACAUCAUCAAUUCGCAAAACCACGUCCAAAAAUCCUCGUCGCAAACCCACGUCUCCAACAACAUCACCUCUAGCAGCAAAACGGUGACGAAUCAAAGCAGCGCUCAUCACCGGAAAAACGUCAUUUCCUCGGAGGAAAUAAACAACCAGAUCCUGCACCGCAAAGGUAUGCACACGUCGACUGAAGCUUUGCACGCCACCAGUGCCGCCGCUCUGGACAUGAGGAAGUCGAUCUGCAACCUCCACGAUCAAGGAAGAACGGUUCAGAACACCGAAAGACACAGUCUAAGCUCCAUGCAUAGAUCCACGCAGGAAUCGAACGCAGCCAAUAGGCGCAGCCAGCAGAGCAGCAGCACAACCUACCAGGUGAUCGAUAGGCCGCAGAAAAUCGUGCGCAAAGACAACCUCUCCGUUGGCGGUCACUUCUACGGACAAUCUACAGCCAGAUCAUACGGAGAUUUCACCAAGCAACAGAACGUCCAAAGAAUCGAAAAGGUCUCUCGACGAUCGAAUGUGUCGAAUAUCACCCUGGGCGAUAGCAACGUGCAUGUGGUGACGUCGUACAAGAAAGAGUACACUCCGAGGAACGUGGGGCCAUGUCCGGCUGUCUUGGUGGACGCACCCAAAGGCCCCUUCAAACACACCAGGGAUACCAAGUCCCACAAGUUCUAUAUGCCUGUAGGAACUACCAAAUAA